CUGAUCACAGACCGGAUAAACGAGCGCGCUGCACUGCGUUACAUGCGGCGUGACGCGCUUGUCCUAAUCGCAAUAAAUGCGGUUAGGUGAGCCCCGCUGCGCUCACCUAACCCACUCAUGCGGCGCCAAACCUGCAAGGGGUCGGGGCGCCUCAGCCCUCAGGGCUGAAACGGAAGCGGUCUGACCCCUCGGGGAGACAAAGAGGGGGGGCGGCCACGUCACCCUCGGGCCCGACCCCCCCAAGGGGGUCAGGCCUCGUGGGUGAUUGCUCCUGUCCAAGCCUUUAGUAGUGAUACUCCCGGUCCCAUGUCACCGACACACUGCCAACCUCUUUAGUUAAUGCCUUGAACCUUCAAGUGCUAGAGGUCCGUGAUAACACAUUCACUGGUGUUGUUCCUUCUUUCUGGGCUUUGCAAAACUUGACCCAGUUGGACCUUGGUGCCAACCUAUUUGAAUCUGUAGACUGGACAUCCUUGUCCUCAAAAAUAAACUCUACCAAACUGGUGGCAAUAUAUUUGGAUAACAACAGGAUUCAUGGAAUCUUACCUAGUUCCAUUGGCAAUCUCCCAGGAAGCUUGCAAACGUUAUAUAUGACCAACAACAGAAUUGCAGGGACCAUACCUUCAGAGAUAGGAAACCUCAAUAACCUCACUGUUCUUCAUCUAGCAGAAAACUUAAUCUCAGGGGACAUUCCUGAAACACUUUGUAACCUUGUAAACUUGUUUGUCCUAGGGUUACAUCGCAAUAAUCUUUCUGGGGAAAUCCCACAAUCAAUUGGAAAACUUGAAAAAUUAGGUGAGCUUUAUCUCCAAGAGAACAACUUUAGUGGGGCCAUACCUUCAAGCAUAGGAAGGUGCAAAAAUUUGGUAAUGCUGAACCUCUCAUGUAAUACCUUCAAUGGAAUCAUUCCACCCGAGCUCUUGUCGAUCUCCUCACUUUCAAAAGGCCUAGAUUUGUCUUACAAUGGAUUUAGUGGACCCAUCCCAUCUAAGAUUGGUAGUUUAAUUAACCUUGACUCUAUUAACAUUUCCAACAACCAAUUAUCUGGAGAGAUUCCGCAUACACUUGGUGAGUGCCUUCACUUGGAGUCCCUACAAUUAGAAGUGAAUUUUCUAAAUGGGAGUAUCCCGGACUCCUUCACGAGUUUAAGAGGCAUCAAUGAGAUGGAUCUCUCACAGAAUAACUUGUCUGGUGAAAUCCCAAAAUUUUUUGAGACAUUCAGCUCUUUGCAGCUCCUCAACUUAUCCUUCAACAAUCUCGAGGGAAUGGUUCCUACAUAUGGUGUAUUUAGCAAUUCAAGUAAGGUGUUCGUACAAGGGAAUAGGGAAUUAUGCACAGGGUCUUCAAUGCUGCAAUUACCACUUUGCACAUCAACAUCAUCCAAAACAAACAAGAAAUCCUAUAUCAUCCCAAUAGUUGUCCCACUUGCUAGUGCUGCUACAUUCCUAAUGAUAUGUGUUGCCACAUUUCUUUACAAGAAGCGAAAUAACCUGGGAAAGCAAAUUGAUCAGUCUUGUAAGGAGUGGAAGUUCACAUAUGCUGAGAUUGCCAAAGCUACCAAUGAAUUUUCAUCAGACAACUUGGUUGGUUCCGGGGCAUUUGGGGUGGUCUACAUAGGUAGAUUCAAAAUUGAUGCAGAGCCAGUUGCCAUUAAGGUAUUCAAACUUGACGAAAUCGGAGCAUCAAAUAACUUCUUGGCUGAAUGCGAGGUGCUAAGGAACACUCGGCACCGAAAUCUCAUGCAUGUGAUUAGUCUAUGUUCCUCCUUCGAUCCAAUGGGAAAAGAGUUUAAAGCUCUAAUUUUGGAGUACAUGGCUAAUGGUAACCUAGAAAGUUGGCUUCAUCCAAAAGUACAAAAACAUCGACAAAGAAGACCAUUAGGUCUAGGAUCAAUUAUACAGAUAGCAACGGACAUUGCUGCUGCCUUGGAUUAUCUCCAUAACUGGUGCACACCUCCGCUUGUUCACUGUGAUUUGAAGCCAAGUAAUGUACUUUUGGAUGAGGACAUGGUUGCUCAUGUUAGUGACUUUAUCUGUAACCAUUCUUCAGCAGGGCUUAACAGUUUAUCAAGCAUAGCAGGACCAAGAGGGUCAGUUGGAUAUAUUGCACCAGAAUAUGGGAUGGGUUGCCAAAUAUCAACUGCAGGCGAUGUCUAUAGCUAUGGAGUUAUUCUGCUAGAAAUGCUCACAGGAAAGCAUCCAACUGAUGACAUGUUCAAGGAUGGGCUAAACAUUCACAAAUUAGUGGACUGUGCAUAUCCACAUAAUGUUGUUGAGAUUUUAGAGGCCAGUAUCAUUCCACGGUAUACACAUGAAGGAAGGAACCAUGAUUUAGAUAAUGACGUUGAUGAAAUGAGCAUAAUGGAGAGAUGUAUCACACAGAUGCUGAAAAUUGGUCUACAAUGCUCUCUGGAGUCACCUGGAGAUCGUCCAUUAAUCCAAGAUGUUUAUGCUGAAAUCACCAAAAUCAAAGAAACAUUUUCAGCAUUGGACAGUUGAAGAAGUAGGCCAAAAUUUUCUAUUACUAGAGAAGUUAUUAAUAGCCCAUUAUGUUUUUUUAAUUAUAUAUUACAUUUGCUACUUUUCAUUCCUAAUUCCACUGAAGUUGCCAUUUA